AUGUGUGGGGCUCCCCAGGGUCCACCCAUCAUGGAAGUUUGUCCUCCACCUCCAGGACUGGAAGCAGAGUACUCCACCCUUCUCACGGCCGACUGUCGUCACUUUCUGCAUGAGCUGAUCUCCACCUUCGAUGAGGAGGUGGACCAGAUCCUGCAGUUCAGAGUGCACCGGAAGGCAGAGUUGGACCUGUCCGGUGGUCUGCCCUCGUUCCCUGAGAGCACUGCACACAUCCGGAGAGACCCGGCAUGGAGGGUUCUCCCUGUGCCCCCCAGGCUCCGCCGGAGACACGUAGACGUGGGUGAUUUGGCUCCCUGUGAUACCCAGCGCUUCAUUAAGGGUCUGCAGUCUCCAGCACAAGGCCUGCAGGUCGACUUCGAUGACGGAAACUGUCCAACGUUCUACAACCAGAUCAAAGGAAUUCACAAUGUGGUUCAGGCAGUUCACAACCAGAUCCCCAACGUUCCAUGUAUAUCUCAGGCUCCUGUUCUCAUGCUGCGUCCUCGUGCCUGGAAUAUGGUGGAACACAACAUACUGGUGGAGGGGAAGGAGGCUCCUGGCCCGCUCUUCGACUUUGGACUCCUCAUGUUUCACUGUGGACAGAAACUGCUGGAGCAGCAGAGCGGACCCUUUUUCUACCUGUCCAAAGUGGAGAGCUUCAUGGAGGCCAGACUGUGGAACAACAUCUUUAUCUGGACACAACAAAAGCUGGCCCUCCCCCUGGGCAGCAUCAAGGCCACGGUGCUGAUAGAGAACGUGCUGGCAGCCUUCCAGAUGGAGGAGAUCCUGUAUGAGCUCAGAGACCACUCAGCUGGGCUCAACUGUGGCCUCUGGGACUACUCGGCCUCCUUCGUCAAUAAGUUCGGUCACCGGCCGGCCUUCCUGCUGCCCGACCGCAGCAAGUACGUGAACAUGGAGAAGCACUUCCUGCGGAGCUACAUGGACCUGCUGGUGCAGACCUGCCACCGGCGCGGCGCGCUGGCUACGGGAGGCAUGGCGGCUCUGCUGCUGCCUCAGGACCCGAGCAGUGCCUCCCACAGGAAGGCGCUGGACACCGUCACCAGACUGAAGCUGCUGGAGAUCCGUGCAGGUGUGGACGGCUUCAUGGUGUACGACCUGAACCUGAUCCGGCCCAUGCAGAGACUGUUCCAGCUGCACACUGAGGGGGAGAACCAGCUGCAGCAGCUCCGCCCCGACGUCUCAGUGACUCCUGGAGACCUGCUGCAGAUGCCUUCAGGAGGAGUCACUCUUUAUGGUUUGAGGCACAACAUUGCAGUUGGCGUCCUGUUCAUUAAAGCCUGGCUGUCAGGGAAAGGCCACUUUUUCUACCGAGGACAGGUGGAGGACUCAGCCACGGCAGAGAUUUCACGAUCACAGGUGUGGCAGUGGCUCCGUCACCAGGCCCGGUUGGAGGACGACAGUCGGCUGGUGAGCAGACACCUGGUGUCCGAGCUGACCGGAGACGUGCUGCAGCAGCUCAGCUCGCUGUGUCCCUCACCCAGGUCCAAACGGAUGCUGCACACAGCAGCAGACAUGUUCCUGGAGGUGGUCCUGAAGAGAUAUUUCCCAGAGUUCAUCACCAGCUACCUGAAUCAGGAGCACACCUUCUUGAGCAUGCACGACGGUGUGAACUCGUCCCGAAGCGUCCAGAUGACAAGCUCGAGCGCCCCUUCACUGGAACAUUUCCCCGGAGCGGACUACGCUGUUUGCGGCGGCCAGACCAGCCGGAGAGAGAGGCGGGGCUGA